AUGGUGGUGAUGACGGUGUGCCCGGUGUACGAGAUGCACAACGAGCUGCAUGCGAUUGACCCGGACAAGUGCUGUCCCACGGUCACGGAGGCGCAGCGCCGGUUGAUGGUGCACUGGAUCGUGUACUCGGCGUUCCUGGUCAUCGACUGGCUGCUACAGCGGUUCCGGUUACCCUGGUACGGGGCGGUGAAGAUCGUCACGGUGCUGUGGCUGUGGUUCGGCGGCGGCACGCAAAAGGUGUACCGGGCGACAAUCGGUCCGUUCCUGGACGUCAACGAGGAUAUCGCAGAUUUUAUUUUCGCAGAAAAAGGGUCGCUGGAACACGUACUGGACACCGAACUCGACGACAAGGACCCGGACGCGAGGGACGGGGAAUAUGACGGCAUGGACGCCGAGAACCCGGAAGCCCGGAAGUUGUUGUAUGUGGACGAGGACUCGGUCGAGGACGAGGACGAAAUCGAUCUCAAAAACGAGGACGAGAUCGACCUCAAAAACGAGGACGAAGACGAGGUUGAAGACGAGGACGAGGUCGAUGUCGAGGACGAGGUCGAUGUCGAGGACGAGGACGAAGAGGGCGAAUACGAGGACGAGGACGAGGAGGGCGAAUACGAGGACGAGGACGAGGGCGAGGACGAGGACGAGGACGAGUGCAACCUGGACGAGUGCGAGUACGGUCAAGACAAAUUCUGCCGACACGAUGAUGAGGACGCGCAGGAUGAAGACGAGGAGGAUGAGUAUGAAGAAGAGCAGUUCGAAUACGAAGAAGACGAAAACGAGGACGAAGAUGAAUCAGAAGACGAAAUCCAGGACUUAGAAGAAGACGAAUCGGAAGACGACUCCAGUCAGGACUCGGAAGAAAACGAAUUGGAAGACGAUGAAUCGGAAGACUACAGUCUGAAUGAGGAAGAAGAUGGGUCGGAGGACAGCCAAGACUGUUGGUAA